AUGGAAGCACUAAAGGCCAGCCUGGGAAACUCGAGCAUUUUGAAGUGGUUCGACCCGGAACCGUGUAAAUGGAAUUACAUUACAUGCAGGCAAAACCGAGUGAUUAGGAUCCAAAUUAACUACUUAAGCCUGGGAGGAAGCCUUCCUCAAGACCUCCAGUACCUUGACGCUUUGGAAAUUCUUGAGGUGGCGAGCAACCGACUCAGUGGGCCAAUCCCAAGUCUUGCUGGUUUAAGUUAUCUUAAACAUGCGCAGUUUGACAAAAACUUCUUUUCACAUGUGCCCUUUGAUUUCUUUAGAGGAUUAACGUCAUUACGAUCUAUAAGUUUUGAUUUUAAUCCAAAUAUCUCUUCCUGGGAGAUACCUGAGAGUUUGAAAGAUGCCAGAGGUUUGAAGAGCUUUUCUGCAAAUGUUGCUUGUAUUUCUGGGACAAUUCCGGACUUCUUUUGGGCGGAUACAUUUCCUCGUUUAAGGCACUUGCAUUUGGCUAUGAACAAUCUCCAUGGGAAAAUUUCAUCGAGUUUUGCCAAGUCUUCGAUUCAAACCCUUUGGUUACAUGACCAAAAUAGCGAUUUCAAGCUCCAUGGAUCAGUUGCAGUGUUGCGAAACAUGACUUCUUUGACUCAAGUUCGGCUUGCUGGUAAUUCUUUUACUGGUCCUUUGCCAGAUUUAUCUAAGCUCAUUAGUUUGGAAGAAUUGAAUUUGAGAUAUAAUUGGCUGACGGGUGUUGUUCCUUUGUCUUUGGCUAACCUUCCUAAGCUUAGUAAUCUCGAUCUAUCUGGCCAUAAUUUGCUUCAAGGUCCAACUCCAGCCUUUGUUAAUUCUAAACUUGAUUCGGAUAUAGGAAAAGACGCAAAUGGAUUUAACAGUUUUUGCUUAGAUGAUCCUGGUGUUGCUUGUGACAGUGGGGUCGAAGUUUUGUUGUCCAUUGCAGAGUCUAUGGGUUAUCCACUGGUGUUUGCAAAGAGUUGGAAAGGAAAUGACCCUUGUGAUUCCUCUCGGAUAUGGAAAGGGAUCUCAUGUGAUGAUAAAGGAAACAUUAAGGUUGUUAAUUUAAAAAAUUUGGGGCUUUCAAGUAAAAUUUCUUCCAAUUUUGCUAUUCUUGCAUCAUUGGAACAAUUGAUACUUUCCAAUAAUUCACUUACAGGUCCUAUACCAAAUGAACUUACAGGUUUGCCGAAUCUUGUUAAGUUAGAUGUGUCUAAUAAUCAUCUUUCUGGUGAAGUGCCAUCUUUUAGACUAAAUGUGAACGUUAACACUGAUGGGAACCCUGAUAUAGAAAAUUAUAGACAUGUCCCUCAUCCGGAAUCACCUGAGAAACCUCCCAGUGAAGUUGGUUCGAGUGGAAGUUUGAAUACUAGAAUGAUUGUUUGUUUUGUAAUUGUUGCCGUUUGUGUUGUGAUUAUUUUUAGUUUAGGUGUCUUGUUUACCAGAAAAAGAAAGCAUUCCAGGUUCUGGAAAUAUUUGAAGAGUGCAACUAACAAUUUUAGUGAAAAAAAUAUAUUGGGAAGAGGUGGUUUUGGAAUUGUUUAUAAAGGCGAAAUGAGUGAUGGGACAAAGAUUGCAGUAAAAAGGAUGAAAUUCGGAGUGGUAAGUGAACAAGGCUUGACAGAGUUUAAGUCUGAGAUUGAAGUUCUUACCAAGGUUCGACAUUGCCAUUUGGUGGCACUGCUUGGAUAUUGUUUGGAAGGAAAUGAGAGGAUUCUUGUUUAUGAAUUCAUGCCCCAAGGAAGCCUUAGCAGGCAUCUGUUCAAUUGGAAAGAAGAGGGACUGGAACCACUUGAGUGGAGUAGAAGGCUAAGCAUUGCUUUGGAUGUUGAUAGAGGUCUUGAAUAUUUACAUAGUUUAGCAAAUGAUGGUUUCAUUCAUAGAGAUCUUAAACCAUCCAACAUUCUUCUUAGAGAUGAUAUGCAUGCUAAGGUUGCAGAUUUUGGAUUGGCUCUUCUUGUUCCAGAUAAAGGAAAGGAUUCAAUUGAAACAAGAUUAGUUGGAACUCCUGGGUAUAUUGCUCCAGAGUAUAUAGUGACAGGACGAGUUACUACGAAGGCUGAUGUGUUCAGCUUUGGAGUAAUCUUGAUGGAGUUAAUCACAGGUAGGAAAGCCAUUGAAACGUCUCAUCCAAAGGAUAUUGUUGUUCCAUGGUUCCGCAGAAUGCAUACUAACAAGUCUACUUUUCCAAAUGCCAUCGAUGAAACUGUCGCGUUAGAUGAGGAAACUCUUGCAAGUGUAAGCACAGUGGCUGAGUUGGCUGACCAUUGUUGCACAGGCGAGCCCUGCCAAAGGCCUGACAUGAAUCACAUCGUUAACGUACUCUCAUGUCUAAUCGAGCCGUGGAGGCCAGUCAAACCUGUUUAUGAUGACAUUUAUGGAAUUGACAUUCACAGGGACAGAUCGCAAUGCCCCUACUAA